AUGACACGAGCCAUCAAGGCAGCGCGAAAAUGGUUGGCGGAACAGAGAGUCAAGACCACGACUCUGAAGGCUCCCUCCCCCCGUCCGGAACCAACCCCGCCAAAUACAACUACUCUCAAGUCUGAUGCUGCUUGGUCAGCUGAGCGAAAGCUUGCAGGACUCGGUUGGGUCAUACGGGAGAAUAACACCACUUCAAGAAGGAUGUCACACUGCUGUUAUGUGUCUUCUCCUUUAGCUGCUGAAGCCCUAGCGCUGCGAGAAGCAAUGGCGGACUGCGUCAACAGAGGCACGCCAAAUCUUCACUGUCAAUCGGAUUCACUUCUACUUGUUAAUGCUCUGAAAUCUGGGUCUCUAAUUGCAGAGCUUCACGGCAUCAUAGCUGACAUCAUUAGUUUGUCUUCAGCUUUUGACUUCUUUUCUAUCUCUUGGAUUCGACGUUCAAAUAACAAAGAAGCGGAUGCUUUGGCUAAGCAGUCUUUGUUAAAUGCGUCUGUUGUAAUCACUCCCGUUAGAGGAGCUUAA